AACAGUACGUAGCUACGUGUGUUUCCUCCUCUGAACAGACAGGUUUGGCUGAGAAGGGAAGGGGGAUGGGUUUAUGUCACUGAUGGCAAUAUUUAUUCACUCGUACAUAAUAACCUCCUAACCCACAUAUUAGAAACUGUAACCCUUGUUUGUGAUCAUCUGUCGGGCAGAUACCCCUGGGAAGUGGAUGAAUGACAAUUAAUUACACGCAAGAAGACGAGUGUGUGAACAUGUGAACUUGGCUCUUUGAAGAGGUUUUACUUACACAGCUUCAAGUAGGACUGUUCACAGAAACAAUAGGAUUACACAGAAAGCAACAGAGAAGGACACAAUGAGCCCCCAUCCUGUUGUCCAGGCUGUUAUUGACCUGUCUGCAGGGGCUAUAGGAGGAACAGCCUGUGUGCUCAGCGGUCAGCCCUUUGACACUGCCAAAGUGAAGAUGCAAACAUUCCCAACCAUGUACAAAGGCUUUGUGAAUUGUUUUAUAAGCACAUACAAGCAGGUCGGUUUCCGAGGACUCUACCACGGUACUACCCCGGCUCUCAUGGCUAACAUUGCAGAGAAUUCUGUUCUCUUCAUGUGUUACGGCUUUUGUCAGCAGGUAGUUAGGAAUCUGGCAGGAAUAGACAGCGAGACAAAACUCAGCAAUGUGGAAAAUGCUCUAGCUGGCUCGUUUGCCUCAGUAUUCUCCUCUCUGGUCCUGUGCCCAACGGAGCUGGUGAAAUGUCGACUCCAGGCCAUGCAUGAAAUGGAGGUGUCGGGCAAGAUAGCAAAAGGGCAAAACACGGUGUGGUCAGUGGUUAAAGGAGUCCUGCGCUCCAACGGUCCUCUGGGGAUGUACCAGGGUCUCACCAGCACUCUGGUCAGGGAAGUGCCCGGAUACUUUUUCUUUUUUGGGGGCUAUGAAUUCAGCCGCAGUGUAUUUGCUUCAGGAGGCAAAUCCAAGGAUGACUUGGGUGUCCUUCCUGUGGUAUUCAGUGGUGGGUUUGGAGGGGCUUGUCUCUGGCUCUCUGUGUAUCCGAUCGACUGUGUCAAAUCCAGAAUCCAGGUCCUCUCCAUGGCAGGGAAGCAGGCAGGCUUUCUCAAAACCUUUACCAGUAUCGUUAAAUACGAAGGAAUACCAGCCCUGUACUCCGGCCUGACUCCAACAAUGAUCCGCACCUUCCCAGCCAAUGGUGCACUGUUCCUGACCUAUGAGCUCAGCAGGAAGAUGAUGAUGAAGCAGUUUGACACUUGAGCUAUGUGCUGCCUACCUCGCCUUCUGUUUGGAGAAAGACUGAUUGCUUUAAAGACUUUUUUAUAUGGGGUUCAUGCAAGCCGUCUACUAGGUGGUGAUACACAGCACUAGGGUCCGUCAGACACGUUUUUAUCAUAAUUGUACAUUAAAGGCCAACUCUUUAACUCAGUCCGGAAGUGCUCGCUUUGAUUCAGAAAUGGAGCUAGUCAAGGCUAUGGACCUUGACGUUUCUACCCCAGUGUCGAAACAUAAUCUAAAUCAACAUUUAUUGCAUGCCACUUAGAGGAAUAAUAUUGAAAUUAAAGGGUGCUAAUACUUAAAUAUAAAAUUAAUAAACAAUGCACAUUUUUACAGUAAACUGGAUGUGAAACCUAAUGAACUAGAAUUACUUCUCCAAAAGGGACAUCACAUUUUACUGUCCAUGCAGUACAUUAGUACAAUAUUGUAGUAUUGACUUAUCUGUUGUUGAUCUGUUUAAUGGACAGCUGACACAAAUGUUGUUUUUUUUCAUAUUCUGCCAAGAACUUCUUUUCUCUUUUAAAAGCCUUUAAUACUUGAAACGGUACUUUAUGUAAGUAUAAUUUAAGUAUAAUUUCUAUAAUCUUUCUUUUUUUUUUUGUGGUUUCUGAAAGUGUUUUUUUCUGAAUGACUUUUAAAAAUGUAUUUAUUGGUUUAGUUGCUAGUACUGGUCUAACAUGCAUCUACAGUAUGAUUAACAGUUCCAAUAAUGUGUAACUUGCGGUGUUGUAACAUCAAGCAUAUUGCAGCAUUAAUAGCAAUGUUUCUCAGCAGUGAGUAACGAGAAGAGAGGAAAUAUUUUAGUGUAUUUUUUAAGUUAAUGCAAAAGACUUCUUAAUCCUUGUUUUAAUAAGAAAAAAACACUUUUUAAUAAUGUUUUCUUAAUUUGUCUCUUCCCACCAAAACUGUUUCUUAAAGACUAAACACCACGGCCAAAAAAUGGAAAUAUGAUUUCAAACUGCAUUAUCUUUCAAAGCUAAAACUGCAAUAUGAAAAAAAAAAAAAAAUAGCAUGAAAUAUAACACUAGACUCUCUCCGAGUCAAGACCUAUACUGUAUACAGUAGUAACUUGGUUAGAAGGGUUGUAAAAAGACAAUCCAAAGGCAAUCUAGCUGUCUGGAGGAACGUGUGAGGGGAUGGAGAUUUACUUUACUAAAAUAAUGACAGCGAUCUGCUGGAGAGAAAGUGAGGAACAGGAUGGAGCAGAAAAUGCAGUUACAUUUCUCCAAUGUUGGCAAAAGUUACAGGGACUAAAUUAUUUAAACGUGACACCUGAGUUGUUUGGAAUCUCUUUAGAAAGCAUUUUAUUUUAGGGAGAUAUUGAAGAUCACAUGGGCGCUACAGUAAGAGAAGUGAUGGAGGUGGUGGGGAGCAUAACAAUCUCAGGAGGGCAAGAUACCUGCUCCUUGUAAAUUAUAUAUUGUUCAUGUCUGUCCGGUCAGGAGUUACAACGUUAAACUCUGUUACCAGUAUUGCUGCUUCUAUUAAUGUGACUAUGAUGUUGACAGAAAACCAGAUGCUCAUUAAUAGAAAGGGUAAAAAAACAUUUUGUUUUGAGCAAUGUUUCCAUAUUUUUCGACCAUGGUGUGUUUACUGCCUUUAUAGAUGAGCUUCAGUACAUGUCUGCCUACUUGCGACCUGUUAUACUACAUAAACACACUGGUCUUAAGUAUACAUCUCAUAGUGUGUUGAAUACCCAUGUUCUUAAGUUAAAAUACAGUUAACUAUUAAAAAGUCUGUUUUGGCGAGUUUGA